CCCAACCCACGUUUAGAGAUGAUGCCCUGGCUGUAGUGCUGGGCCGCGUUUCCGUUAUCACUCACCUGCCCAACAAUCACCAUGACGCCCAUCUCCGCCAUCGCCCUGGCUCUGGGCCUAUUCGCCGAGACAGGUCUGGCUGGCGUCUCGGUCCGCAAGACCGGCACGGCGCCGACCGGCUACGAGGUGGACUUCACGCUGGCCAACGAUACGGCCUCGCGGGUCCUCGUCGCCGGCGGCCUGUUCCCCUUCACCGACCAGUGGCACACGGGCUGGCAGCGCUCCAACGGCUGGAGCCCCAGGGACUACCAGGCCGGCGACUUCGUACUGCCACAGGCCGCGGGUGGACUCGGGGACGCCGACUGGCCCUACGUUAUGAAGCGCGACGGCGGCGGCGACUGGCGGCUGACGGUCCCGCUGCCGUCGGGCACGUACAACUACGCCUUCCUCGUCGACUGCGACGCCCCGUUCAACUGCACCUUUGCCAGCGGCAAGUGGGUGAUGGACCCGGACAACCCGCCCUUCGUCAACGUGGCCGGCGACGCCACCGCCUCGUCCUUCCAGGUGCCCUUCGACGCCCGCUUCCAGGCCACGCCGGCGGGCGGCUCGGACCUCAACUUCGACUACGCCCUCCCGCGCGCCGACCCGGCCGAGCGCGGCGCCGUCACGACGGUCAACUACACGUCGCCCGGCUCCGUCUGGCCCGCGCCCGACGUGCACGAGUUCGCGCUCUACACUCCCCCGGGCUACCACUCCAGCGGCCCGGACCGCGAGUACCCGGUCCUGUACCUGUCGCACGGCGGCGGCGGCAACGGGCUGGACUGGCAUGGCCUGGGCCGCAUGGGCGGCAUCAUGGACACCCUGAUCGCCGAGGGCUCGCUCGAGCCGACCGUGGUGGUGAUGCCGACCUUCUACAACAUCGCGCCCGAGUACCGCUUCACCUACGGCCUCUCGGGCGCGCGGGCCCCCGACGCCCCCGUGGUGCGCGAGAACUAUGCGGCCCACCUCUUCCCCUUCGUCGAGGCCAACCUGCGCGUGUCGCGGUCGCCGGCGCGGCGCGCCUUUGCGGGCCUCAGCCUGGGCGGGCGCCUGACGUACGAGAUGCUGGUCAACGCGACCGACUACUUUGCCUACUUUGGCAUCUUCUCGGCCGCCCAGGGCAUAGUGGGCCCGGGGGACUUGGCGGCCAAGGCGCCCGCGCUGAGGCGCAAGGGCAUCUUCAACUCGUACGGCCUUUACGACUUCACCUUUGACAUAGACCGCUCCAUCGAGGUCGCCAUGAACGCGAACGGCAUUCCCUACCUGAGCCGCAUCCAACCUUGGGGUGGCCACUACUGGCCGACCUGGAUGGACUGCCUGUACCACUUUGGCCGCAGCGCGCUGUGGAAGCCGCUGCCGUUUGAUGGGAGGACGGGGAGGGGCGUGAAGAACUAG